GAAGGAGGCGCCGGAAUGAAGGAAAGAAAGAUUUAAACCGGAGAGGAACCAUGGGUGUAUUUUCAGAGUGUGUGGUGGUUCUGGAUGUGAAGCAGUUGCCUAUAAAAGAGAAGAACAAGCUGAAGACUGCCAUUAAAACAAAUGAUGGAAUAAUCUCCUACCUGGUCAAUCAGCAGUGCACUCAUUUUGUUGCUUCUGAUAUCAAUGCUGUGAGCUCCAGCCGACUUAAAGCCAUCCAGAAGUAUAAGAUCCCACUUGUCAAUGCGACUUACAUCACCAGUUGUAUUGAGGCAGAUCAGCUUUUGGACACCAACUGCUAUAAGCUAUGUGAACCUACUGCUGAAACGAGCAGCAAUCUAACACCGAUGAACAAGCAUGAUGCCAAUGAGGAUCAAAUGAUAAAUGUUCCUGAAGACCUACAAACAGUACAGACAGAAUGCCGACAAAACAACAACAUCCCCCAAGAUGGGAUACAAGAUGAUUCAGAAAACUUCAGAAUGUUCUCAACACAUGACAACAAUAUUCCUUUUUUUGCGCAAGAUUUUGAAGUGGCAAAAUAUUCAGUGCUGGACAAGGAUGUUGAAGAAUUGGUGGUAAUUGAACUGCAAGUUUCACAGAAAAAUGCUCCCCUUCCUUUUCGAAUCUCUUCUCACUCUGGUCAGAGAGGCAGAUUUCAGACCCAGCAGCAGCAGUUUGUCUUCACUUCGACUGCUGAGGCAGCUGAAAAAGCCUAUGAAUGGUGUAUAAAGAAACAAGUGGAGCAGAAUUUCACAGUACAGCCCAACUGGCUGCCCACUGCACAGCCUUUAGCAUCUGAGAAACUGCAACAGCUCAUCAUCGAGGAAGCUCUGAAUGUUGCCGACAUUUCCGAUGAAGUCAGUGUUUUUGUAGAAGCAAUCUGGGCGGAGGCUCAGGGCUGCUUACAGGCCCAGCUGAUCGACACAACCUCCAUCACACUCAAUGAUGUUACCAGGGCUGAGGGAGUGCUUCUGCAGCUGAAGAAAGCAAUGGAUGAUAAAGCCACAACUGCCACUUUGACAGCUUUAAUGUCCCAGUUCUAUACCAUCCUUCCAUUCAAACCUGAGAGUGACACGACAAUCACCAAGAAAAAAAUAGCUCAAAAGCACGAUCUCUGUCAGGUGAUCAGAGAUGUCUUGAAUGCAAGUGAGGCCACUUCCUGGGCUCCCAUGACUCCAUCACUUGCUAAAUUUCAAGCUCUGAGAUGUCACAUCGAGUGCGUUGAUCAAAACAGUGAUGAGUUCAUGCGUAUCAAAAAGCAACUAUUGAACAGUAAUCAAAGUGGGUCUCCAGUCAUGAUUCAGCAGAUAUUUCAUGUCGCUAGACUGAGUGAAUCUAGACAAUUUCAGAACCAGUUGGACAACAUUAAGCCCCUGUACCAUGCAUCAGCCAUGAGCAACUUUGUUGGGAUUUUGUCUAGGGGGCUGUUGCCACCAAACAUAGUGGUGGAAAGUUACGGUGGGGAGCGAACAGAUGUCGGCAAUCUUGGAAGUGGAAUUUACUUCAGUGAUUCAAUCAGCACCAGCAUUAAGUACUCGAAGCCCAGUACAACUGAUGGGACUCGUCUCCUUGUCAUCUGUGACGUUGCACUGGGGAAGUGUAAGCAGUACUACAAGAAGGACAUAACUUUAUCUGCCCCACCAGAGGGAUAUUCAAGUGUACAUGGAGUCCACAAAACUGCAGACACCAUCUCGGAAUUUGAUGAUGAUGAGUUUGUGGUGUACAGCACUGACCAGGUUAAGAUGAAGUACGUCGUUCAGUUCUGUGCUGGUGGAGAACAGCUCAAACCGUUCUCUCCUCCGGCUGUAAUUACUGAAAAUAAGUCCCCUCCUACAUUCACAUCCCCAAUCCCAUCCACAGAUGAUUUUCAAGAUUCCCAGGAUCCUCUGAAAAGUGUUAAAGCUGGUCUGCAGGACAGUGCUGGCAAUGUGAUUCCUCUACAGGAAGUUCACGUAAAGGCAAAGUUAAUGGACCUUGUUGGAGAGGUUAUUGUGUUCCAAUCCUACACAAAUUCCCACGUCUUUCCUAUUGAAGCCAAAUAUGUAUUCCCUUUAGACGAUACAGCUGCUGUGUGCGGAUUUGAGGCUUUCAUUAAUGGAAAGCACAUUAUUGGUCAGGUGAAAGAGAAACAGCAGGCACAUCGCGAGUACCGACAGGCUAUUAAGCAAGGCCACGGCGCUUACCUCAUGGAUCAGUCUGCAGCUGAUGUCUUUACCAUAAGUAUUGGAAAUCUACCACCUAAUGCGAAUGUUGUCAUCAAAAUCACCUACAUCACUGAGCUCUCUGUGGACCAGCAAUACAUUUGCUUUCUGCUGCCGGGUAAUGUGGCAACCCAGCAAAGGGAUAAAGCAUUGCAAGAGGAAACUCAGGAAUCUGUGGAAAGAAUCUGUGUGGAGGAACUGCAGACACCUACUGCUUUUUCAGUUGAAUUAUCCAUUGAGAUGCCGUACGAGAUAAAGGAAAUCAAAUCUCCAACGCACAAAAUCAAAAUCAAGCGGACAGAUUGUUGGGCUGUGGUCUCCAUGGAGCAGGACACAUCCCUGGCAACCGGUUUCCAGCUGCUGAUUUUACUGGCUGAGAUCCAUGUCCCCAGAAUGUGGGUGGAGAAUAAUCCAGAGAAAGACAGUCAGGCCUGCAUGCUGGCAUUUUACCCAGAAUUUGAUGUGGGCACCCUCUCUGACUUUGAGGCUAUUAUUUGUCUGGAUUGUUCCUGCUCUAUGCAAGGCCUGGCUUUUCAACAGGCCAAGAAAAUAGCCCUUCUAAUACUUCAACACCUUCCAACCUCCUGCACCUUCAAUGUCAUUACCUUUGGUACAGGAUACAAGGAGCUCUUUCCCUGUUCACAGCAAAGAAAUUCUGAAGAUGCAGCCAAUGCAGCCCGUCACUUUAUCCUGUCGGCACAGAAACCCAUGGGGAACACGGAUUUCUGGAGACCACUGCGGAGCCUGAGCUUGCUCGCCCCGUCCAAGAGACUACGCAGCGUGCUUUUGAUUUCUGAUGGGCAUGUCCAAAAUGAGGAUCUCACGCUGAAAACUGUGCAACAGAACGUCAAAUAUAACCGGAUAUUCACCUGCGGCGUAGGAUCCACAGCAAAUCGACAUAUGCUCCGAGCCUUGGCACUAUAUGGGGGAGGAGCCUAUGAGUAUUUUGAUGAAAAAAACAAGUUUGGCUGGACAGCAAAGGUUGAAUCUCAGGUGGAUCGAGUGACUCAGCCAGGGUGCAGGUCGAUCUCUGUUAACUGGCAGCAAUUCAAUCAGAAUAAACCUGACCCACUCCAGGCCCCUGCACAGAUUCACUCCAUAUUCAGUGGUUCUCGACUUCUGGUUUACGGCUUUGUCCCACACUGUACUCAGGCCACACUCAGUGCUUUGAUCAACAACCAGGAGAUUAAAACCAUGGUUUCUACCACUGAACUACAGAAGACAAAGGGCAAGAUGCUUCACCGACUGACAGCAAGAGCCCUUAUUGGUGAUUAUGAGAAUGGAAGUCUACACGCAGAUCAAAGUGAGCACGAGAUGAAAAAGUCCAUUCAGAAAUCCUACAUCAUUGAACUCAGCAAGGAGUAUUCAAUUGUGACUCAGUUCACCAGCUUUGUAGCUAUUGAAGAAAGGGAUGACCAGGAAACCGAGGGAGUUCAAGGGCCUUCUGUUCAGGAACUCGCAGCAAAAGAGAAUGUGGAUAUUCUGCCAUAUCUGGACUGGGAAGAACAGAUGCUCAGAAAAAAGAGAUGUCGGAGUGCACAUGCCACAAAAUUCCGAAAGCCAAACUAUAACAAAGAUUAUGUUGGACAAAACAAAGAAAGUGAUGGAUCUGUGGUAGAUGAAGAAGAGGUUAUGGAUCAACGGGGAGAUUUAUUGGAUUGUGCUUCAUUAUUUCCUUUUAUAGCUCCGCUUAAAUCUGCUGACCGUCUUGAAUCUUCUGAUUCUCUUGAUUCUGAGAAUAAAUCAGAAAGUGAUAGUGUCAUGUCAUCAACUAUAUCUAGUGAUGCAUUGCCAGCAAUCUCUGGACUGUAUUGCGAUACUAAAAAUGCUGUAUUUUUAAAACCUUUUGGUGGUUCAAAACUAUUACUUUCAACGGUGCCUCUGGCUGAUUCUCAAAUUUUAUUCGGGAAUCAUUCCCUUCCUUCAGUGAUUUCAGAUCCUCCUCCUUCACCUACAGACUCUGCCAGGGAGUUCAUAAAAGAUCUUCGAAUGGAUGCAGCUCCCGCUUCAGUUAGUUUUAGUUCACAUUUACUUGAUUUUGGGUUAGAUUUAUCUCCUCCAAUGGCUUCGGUUUGUUCUGACUCUCCUUCUCCAAUGGCUUCAGCUUCUUCUCCUGAUUCUUUUGUCUCUCUUUCUCCAAUGCAUUCAGCUUUCUCUCCUGUUUGCUCUGACUCUCUUCAAAUGGCUUCAGCUCCUCCUCCAGGUGGUUUUGAAUCUCUUUCUCCAAUGGCUUCAGCUCCUCCUCCAGUCGAUUUUGGUUCUCCUCUAAUGGCUUCAGCUCCUCCUCCAGGUGGUUUUGGUUCUCCUCUAAUGGCUUCAGCUCCUCCUCCAGUUGGUUUUGGUUCUCCUCGAAUGGCUUCAGCUCCUCCUCCAGUUGGUUUUGGUUCUCCUCGAAUGGCUUCAGCUCCUCCUCCAGGUGGUUUUGGUUCUCCUCUAAUGGCUUCAGCUCCUCCUCCAGUUGGUUUUGGUUCUCCUCGAAUGGCUUCAGCUCCUCCUCCAGUUGGUUUUGGUUCUCCUCUAAUGACUUCAGCUCCUCCUCCAGGUGGUUUUGGUUCUCUAAUGGCUUCAGCUCCUCCUCCAGUUGGUUUUGGCUCUCCUCUAAUGGCUUCAGCUCCUCCAGUUGGUUCUCCUCGAAAGGCUUCAGCUCCUUCUACACUUGUUUUUGACACACACAGUCCAAUGGCUAAAGCUCAUCCUCCUUUAGCUUGUUAUGUUCCUCAAAUGACUGCAGCUCCUUCUAAAGUUGUUUUUCCUUCUCGUCCUCCAAUGGCUAAAGCUCCUUCUCGUCUAUCAGUCGGUUUGGGUUCACGUCCUCCAAAGGCUGUAACUCUUAUAAGCGGAGGUUCAGGAUCGUUUUAUUCAGAUUUCACAGCUAAGGUCCUAAUGGAUGAGAUUCAAACAGUGGAAGAGUCAGUCACAAAGGAAGAGGGAAAGAAAAGUAAAGAUGGACAGGAGGCAAAGUCCAACAGAUGCUAUGAAUCUGAUAUAAACGUAAAAGUCGCUGGGAACAUGCAGAGGGUCAGGCAGCAUUUAUGGAAAGAGAAAAAUAGGUUUGACUUUCAAUUAGAACAAGAACAGGAAAUGAGCGGGAGAGUAAAUGAGAGAUUGAAUGUACUAGCGGAAACUGAAACUCUUGUUUCCCCCCAAAAUGAUGAUAUAGUGCUUCAGAGUUCCUCUAAUGUAAAAAGACUUGAUCCUGUGGCUUUAAGGAAACAUAAAUAUCCACAUCUUUCUAUGGUGUCUACUAAGGAAGAUGUCUUUUCGAAUCGUGUUUUACCCUUGAUGCACAGGAGUUCACUACGUUGUGGAAUAAGGCAAUCUAAAGAUUUUAAAUUCAGGGGACAUACAAGGUUGGAAAAGGAAAAUGCAGAGAACAUGUUAAGAAGCAAAAACUGUACACUACCUUGGAAGCUGCUCUUUGGACAUCAGAAUGAGAAGGGAUUUUGGCAUUUUACAUCGGACCUGGGAACCCUGUUGGAAAUUAAUCUGACAUAUCUAACUGAUUUUCUUGGAAAGAAAGGCAUUAAUUCACUAGGUCACCGAGCAGCUGAAGAGAUUGUAUCGUUGAUCAUCACACUCCUGAUCCUGCAGUUGGUUCGUUACACACAGCAGUUAAAAGGGAUUAAACUGAAAUCUCUCUUUAGACUGGAAGAGUCAUUGGAUUGUGGGCCUCCCCACUGGGCACUAGACUCUGUCAAGAAAGCUAUAGUAUGGGCAAGAGCCACAGAAAGACAGUACCCAGGAAUCUACAGUCGUCUGGAGCUCGGAAGAGACUGGGAGUCAGCUACUCGUCAGCUGCUUCAGAUUGACCCACUCAAACUGGGCUCACCGCUUCAACAGAUACUUAAAAAAAGAUAAAUUAACAGAAUUAAAAAAAUGAAGAUACUGUUUUAAAAAUACAGUGGAAGCCAGAUGCAUCUUAAGCCUGUAUAUGAGGUUAACCAAAUUAACUCCUUCCUCCCAUUGCCGUUCCCAUAGGAUGGGAAGGAGAUCAAUUAGCUAUAGCUCCGUGGUGAAUGACUGCUUGGAGCCGCUUGUGAAUGGCCGGAGUCCAUUGUCAAUUAAUCGCAAUUGACUCCUCCCAUCUCCAUGCUGGAGUCGCUCACGGCGAGUGAAUUGACCCGGAUGUCAUUUUAUCCGGUUUAACUGAUCUUUGUUCAAAUUAACCAGUAUAUUUAAAAUGGAUAAGAAUACAAAUGAAUUUACCCAGCGUCUGGGGUUAACCAGUGUCCAGCUAAAGCGGCUUCCACUGUAUUGUAAAUAGGCUAUUCAUUAUAUUUCUUGGAUGAGUGCAAACUUCCUGCAGCUGAAUGUGGACAAGACGGAAGCCAU